AUGGCUGUUCAAUUUUUUACGAAAUUGAGCCAAAACUACAUUGAAUUAUUGAAAGAUGAUGAAUAUUAUGAUAUUAUAAUUGAAGUUGGUGAAGAUCCUAACGUAAAAAUAUUUCGUGCUCAUAAGAAUAUUUUGUGCUACCGUUCUCCAUAUUUACGACGAAUUUUAGCUUCCAACAAAAAGAACAAUGAUAAUAUAUUAGCUCACAUAAAAUUACCAAAAAUUUCACCAGAAAUAUUUCAAAUAAUUUUAGAUUAUAUUUAUGGUGGUAUACUUUCGUUAAAUAUGCAUAAUACUUCAAAAGACUUUCUUAAUGUUUUGGUCGCUGCAGAUAGCCUUCAUCUUCAAGAACUGGUUGAUUAUUUACAAAAAUAUUUAAUUAAUAAUAAAACCGAAUUGAUAGAACAAAAUUUCGGAUUAACUCAAAAAAUUAUUUUACAAUCUAAUAAUUUAUUAGAACUACAAGAAUUUUGUAUAAAUUUUAUGGCUCAAUCACCUGAAAAAAUAUUCAAGUCUUUUGAUUUCACUUUACUUUCUGAAAAAUCUUUAAUUUCACUUAUUAAAAUGGAUGAUUUACAAAUGAAAGAAAUUGAGGUAUGGGAACAUGUCUUAAAAUGGGGACUUGCACAAAAUCCAACUCUCAUUCCAGAUCCUAGUAUUUGGUCAGAUGAUGAUUUCAAAAAAAUGAAAAAUACUCUACAACAUAUUUUACCUUCAAUUAGAUUUUUUAGUUUAUCAUCUAAAGAAUUCUUGAAAAAAGUUCGUCCCUAUAAAAAACUUUUAAAUGAUCAGCUCUAUGAAGAUAUAGUAAAUUCUCAUAUGGAUCCUGAUAGUGAACCAGCCAAUAACAUUUCACCUCCUAGAAAUAUUAAAAAUGAAAAAAUUAUUGAUUCAAAAAUUGUCAAUUUAGAUAUAGUUUCAAUGGUUUCAAAAUGGAUUGAUAAAACAGUUAUUAUUAAUAAUAGUAAAUAUGAUCAUUUAAGAGAAUUAUAUUUACCAUACGAAUUCAAAUUAUUAUUAAGAGGAAGUCGAGAUGGAUUUACUCCUAAAAAAUUUCAUGAAUUAUGUGAUGGUAAACAUAACACUGUUACUUUCAUUAAAAUAGAAGGAACCGAAGAAAUACUUGGUGGAUAUAAUCCUUUAAAAUGGGAAUCUACCAAUAGUUAUGGUAAAACUGAAGAUAGCUUUAUUUUUUCUUUUAAAAAUAAGCAUAUUAAAGAUGUAAUUAUUAGUAAAGUAAAAGAUAAAAAUUAUGCAAUAUUUUAUAAAUAUGAACAUGGUCCACAAUUUGGUGGUGAUAUUGUUAUGUCUUCUUCUAAUGAAUUUAUAGAUUAUGAGACAAUUUCUUAUCAACAAGAUGAUUAUGAAAAGAAAUUUUCUAUGGAAGAUUAUGAAAAGAGGAUUGAAGUCUUAAAAAACGAAACUUCGGACCUUAUGGGAGAUAUUGAAGGACAUAUUAUUGACGGAAAUAUGAAUGAAUGUUUAAGUAACUUAGGAAAACUAAAGAAUAUGCUGAAAAAUACUUAUGAAAUGGUGGACAGACUCUCUAACUGUAAAGAUGAGUUAGGGAGGAAAAUAAAUGAACUAGAACAGGAAAUUAACAACUUAAAAGAUGAAGCAAAUAAAACGAAAUUUUUUAGUGCCUAUAAAAGCUGGAUAAGAAUAUUUAUGAACGAGGUAAUAACGAAGCUAGGAGAUGGAGAAAAAUGGCGUCUUGCGGAAAACGGUCUCCAAUAUCUCAGUAGUAAUAUGGUAUUGACAAAGGAGGAAAAAGUAUGUGUUGGAAAUUUAAAGAAAUAAAUUAUUAGAAGAUAAAGAUAUGGAAUGGAUAUCAAAGAUAUAAAGUUAUUACAAAAGGCGAGGGAAAAAAGUAACAGUAUGUUUCAUAAG